GCCGACAACACCACAGGAAUACAUACGACCACCACCCAACUCACUCACUCCAGUCUACAUAUCCACUUCCGUCACCGUCACCGACUCCAACUCUACCGUGCCGUGACCUCUCUACCCACAACACCAACACUCUCAUUUUUUUUUUUUUUUUUUUCCAUAUUUCGCUUCCAUACCAAUACACACGUACUGUACUUCCAAGACCCGCCGCGAUCGUCAAGCCUUGCCUGCCGGGCCUGUGACUAGGUGUUCUGCAAUCUGCACUUUAAUCCGCCGCCGCCGCCGCCGCCGCCGCCGCCGCCUUUGUUCAACAGCCCGCUUGCUCAAAGCACAACCACCUCGCUACGUACCCGCCUCGACGCCGCCUCGCCCACUUGUCUACCUUACUCUACACGACCCGACCCGCCCGACGACGCCGUUGUUGACCGCUGCUCUGUCUGAUAUUCGCAAUCGAGAAGGACCCUUCCUGCGCCCGACGACACCCCUCUCAUGCCGCCCGGCCUGCCGUUGCCCCAUCGUCAAGUUCCUGGCGAAAGAUAAUAACCACUACCACCACCACCACCACCACCACCGACAACAAUAGCGCCACCCCGAGUCCUGCCUCGAUUGAUACCCACACAGCUCCCGACGUCUUUGACCCACUACUUCGCGCCGUCGCCAGCAUUUCUCCGUUCGAACACAUAGCCCAAGAUGAUGCAGAAUCCCCAUGUUUACGGCCACCACCAAUACCCCCAGGCCGACUCUGCCUGGCUUCACCAGCAGACCUCUCACCAUCAGCACGCCCAGGCUGCUGCCGCCGCCGCCAAUGUUGCCCAGCAGCAGCACUACAACCGCCUGGCCGGCGCACACAACAAUGUGAACGCCCUUGCCGCCGCCACCCACGCACAGGAUAAUGCCAUUGAGCCCGUCGUCUCGGAUGACAACCGCCGUACGCUCCAGUACAUUGCCGACUUGCUGAAUGAAAACACCAGGGAGGCUGCGCUGCUUGAGCUGAGCAAGAAGCGAGAGCAGGUCCCCGAACUGGCCCUGAUCCUCUGGCACUCGUUCGGAGUCAUGACAUCUCUCCUCCAGGAGAUUAUCAGUGUCUAUACCCUCCUCAACCCCUCUCAGCUCACCGCUGCCGCCUCCAACAGGGUCUGCAAUGCCCUCGCCCUCCUUCAGUGUGUGGCGUCUCACAACGAGACACGUACCCUCUUCCUCAAUGCACACAUCCCCCUCUUCCUUUACCCCUUUCUUAACACGACGUCCAAGUCGCGUCCUUUUGAAUACCUCCGGCUCACUUCGCUGGGAGUCAUUGGUGCGCUUGUCAAGAACGAUUCCACAGAGGUCAUCAACUUUCUCCUUACGACCGAGAUUAUUCCCCUCUGCCUGAGGAUCAUGGAGACCGGCUCUGAGCUCAGCAAGACGGUUGCUAUUUUCAUCGUGCAGAAGAUCUUGCUUGAUGACAACGGUCUUAACUACAUCUGUGCCACUUAUGAGCGCUUCUACGCUGUCGGCACCGUCCUCAGCAACAUGGUUGCUCAGCUGGUAGAGCAGCAGACGGCUAGGCUUCUCAAACAUGUUGUUAGGUGCUUCUUGAGACUUAGCGACAAUGCUCGUGCCCGCGAGGCACUCCGCCAGUGCCUGCCAGAGCCCCUUCGCGAUGCCACCUUCUCUUCGGUUCUGCGCGACGAUGCCGCCACCAAGCGUUGCCUGGCGCAGCUCCUCAUCAACCUCUCCGAUAAUGUAGUCGAACCCAGCACCAGCGGUCUUGGAAUUUAAACCACCCUUUGCGAUUUGGCCAUUUUGCCACUUUGGACGCUCGGCUUUGCAGCAACUCAUGGCAAAGGAACAAACUGCUAACUCGAGACUUUUCUUCCAAUCGGUUAUAGGGUGAGAAGUGGAUAGAUCGCUACUACAAGUAGAGAUGGAAAAAAUUGGGGGUGGGGGCUACCGGUCGUACAUGAUCGAGUGGUCUGGAACUCAACCCCUAAUAGCAGCUCAUAGCCAUACCUAGGACCGCACAAGCUAUCCGACGACGAGAAGGGUCCGAUGGCUACACCUCAACACGUCAAAGUACACCACCAGCACACGAUGACAUUACACGCGAAGGCCGAAACUCUCAAGGACAUCCAGCAUAGUGGAGGAACGAGGAGCCGAGAGACGAUGAAGGAGUCAGCGGAGGAGGGCAAGAGGAUCAUUGAUGACGAAAGAUACCCCCAAAUUUUACGUAGCUUCCUUAACUCUUUUUUUCUGUGUGCAUAACGCCUAUACAGUGCUUCAUAGUUUUCUUUUGGAAGUUUUUUGGAGGCUGCUGCAGUUUUGUAUUCAUCGUUUGGGACGAAACGGCGGGUCACGAAGUCCACGGUUCACAUAUCUUAUACCCAGGAGGAGGGGAGCGGAGGAAAGGGUGACCAGUGGCGUGGUCGAAGACCCUUGGUUGAGGAUGCGAAGGACUGGUGGCGCGGUCGAUAUAUACUUUGGAGUUCAAACGUGAUCGGUGGCAUGAUCACGGACAGACACAUACGAGACGAACGGGUCGAGGUUACGAUUGAUGCUACCCGCUGGACCCUUCACUGGGACUGGCUCGGAUAACAUCAGCGAGGGAGGGCAAGUCAAUCCGGUGGCCGAUCAACGUUGAUGGCACCCAUCAGACACAUUCGUGUGAGCGAGAGGGACAAUCGGAUGGCACCCGUUGUUCCGUGGGCAGGCCGAAGUUGGUUACAACAAUCACAUCGCUACCCGGACGGAUCAGACGACAACAAGCCAAGUCCGUGGGCAACAAUACCUCUCACCUGGUCGACCCACCUCGAACACAUCAACAAUACCGUCACCUCCAAAGGUAUAUACCACACAAAGGAGAGAUUCCAGAGAGAGAGAGGAGAGGGGGCUACCUGAUAAUGUCUUAUGAGUAGAGGGACUUGUUUUCAAGAGGAGGGAAAAAGCGAGGGAUAACUGGGAUGCAUAGGGUUAUAGAAAAAGGUGGGCAGCUGAAAAGCGGAACGAAGAAAGAGAAUCGGCGAAAGAGAAGAGAGGUGGAAAAGGGGAUUUUCUUUUUCACUUUUUCUUAUUGUCCAAGACACACCAAAAGCAUCAUCAUCAUUCAUGUACCUAUCUUUCGGCACGACACAUGGGAAAGCGAGGAUUCCAUAAUCAUAUCACUUUUUACUACAUUGGGAGGGCGUUAUUUUGUUGAUUUUGGGAAGAGGGGGGAAGAGGAAUGGGGGGCUAAAGGGGGAAGAAAGGGGCGAGGGGAAUAGGGGAAAAGGGGGGUUAUGGGUUAGGGGGGAGGGGGAGACCUCGGGGGACGGGGGGGU